AUGUACGUGUAUAUAUCUUUGUAUGCCUUUAUAAAGGGGUUUGAUCAUUGUAGACCCAUUGUGGUUGUGGAUGGAAGUCACCUAAAAUCUUACUACACCGGGACAUUCGUUUCGGCAAGCACGUUGGAUGGUGCAGGUCAUAUAUUGCCACUAGCAUAUGGUGUUAUUGAUUCAGAGAACGAUGCUGCUUGGACGUGGUUCUUUGAGCAAUUCAAGAUAGCAUACGGUGACAGGGAAAACAUGUGCAUCGUUUCAGAUAGAAAUGAGAGUAUCAUUAAAUCUUUAUCGAGAGUGUAUCCAGAUGUACCGCAUUUUGCCUGUAUAUGGCAUCUAUGGAACAACGUAUAUAAGAAAUUCAAAAAGAGCCAUGCAAAGUUGAGCGAGAUAUACUUCUCGAUGGCAAAAGCAUACACACAAGCUGAAUUUGACAGUCUGAUGGAGAAGGUGGAGAAGGUAGAUAUUAGGGUGAAAGAAUACUUGGAGUUAGCUGGAUACGAAAAGUGGGCUAGGUUGUAUGCACCUGUUAACAGGGAAUGGACCAUGACGUCAAAUAUUGCUGAGUCAAUCAAUGCCGCACUAGUGUCAGCAAGGGAAUUGCCAAUAUACGACUUCCUCGAAGAAGUUAGGAAGAUGUUUGGAUGUUGGAAUUGUAGUAACCGCAAAGAAGCUACACAGACAUACACAACGCUUGGAAAAAAAUACCAGGAGAUGCUGACUUUGAAUGAGGCAAUGUCUACACGCAUGACUUUGCCUAAAGUUAAGCAGAUUUUUGAUGUGGUACCAUCAACUGAAUACUUACAUACGGUUAACGAUGGAGGGAGGCAAUACACCGUCUGCCUGUUAGAGAGAAAAUGCGUUUGUGGGAGGUUCCAAGUUGAUGAAUUACCAUGCCCACAUGCUUGGGCUGUAUUGAAGAGCAAGUUUCUAAUGCCAGAAGAAUAUUGCUCUAACUAUUACAAACCAAAUUCUGUUGUAAUGACAUCCGAUGUGCCUGUGUACCCGCUACAGGACAGAAAUGACUGGAAUAUACCAGCACAUGUUGUAGAGGAGGUUGUAUUACCACCUAAAUGGAAAAGACCUCCUGGAAGGCCAAAGAAGAAGCGCGAUAAACCUUUAAGUGAAUUGCUGCAGCCGAAAAAUCAACAUUCAUGUAGCAUAUGUGGGCAGGGAGGACAUAACAAGCGAACGUGUAGAAAUGCUCCACGUAUGAUUUAG